UUCAUCUGCAAAUGGAAAACGGAAUCAAGUCGGAGACGCGGAUUUAGUGAAUGGAUCCGUCGAUGGCCACUUCUCCCACGGCAUCGUCCACCAGGGCCACUACUUCUUGGCUUUCCGGUAUUGUCCGGGGCCGCUCAAAGAGCGUGCCAAAUAAUUCGACCGCUUCCGCCGCCACCGACUCCGUUAACGACUCGCCUAUCACUAAGAAAAAGCAGUUCCGUGGAGUGAUGUUUAAGUACGGCCCCAAUUCUAUCCAGGUAGCUUUCAAGACUGGUGACUAUAAGCAACAAGUUAUUUUUAUAGGCGGACUAACAGAUGGAUUUUUGGCUACAGAGUAUUUGGAGCCUUUGGCGAUUGCUUUGGAUAAAGAGAAAUGGUCACUAGUUCAAUUUCUUCUUUCAUCUUCUUAUAGUGGAUAUGGGACCUCAAGCUUGAAACAAGAUGCCGUAGAGCUUGAUCAGCUGAUAAGUUACUUAAUAAACAAGGAAGAUUCUGAGGGUGUGAUACUUCUUGGACACAGUACUGGAUGUCAGGACAUCGUGUAUUACUUGCGCACCAAUGCUGCAUGUUCUAGAGCUGUUCGUGCUGCCAUUUUGCAGGCUCCUGUUAGUGACCGGGAAUACAGAGCGACUCUACCUGAUACUGCUUCGAUGAUUGAUUUGGCCUCAAAGAUGAUAAGUGAAGGUCGGGGUUCAGAACUAAUGCCACGGGAAGCAAACCCAGAUGCACCUAUAACUGCAUAUAGAUAUCACUCUCUGAGUGCCUACAAUGGUGAUGACGACUUGUUCAGUUCGGACCUCAGUGAUGAUCAGCUGAAACAAAGACUUGGGCACAUGGUUAGCACACCUUGUCAGGUGAUCUUUUCCAUGGGAGAUGAGUACGUUCCGGAUUAUGUAGACAAGAAAGCAUUAGUUGAUAGGCAAGGAAGUUAAUCUUUCAACCCCCCCUCCCAAUGAUAAUUUGUGGUUCAUAAGAGUCCUGUUGAAACUCGGUAAUAUAGGGUAUGUUUUGUGGGAAAAUGAAACAUUGGUUCAAACUUAUUUUGUUUACAUUUUAUACUUAAACCUCAUUUUAGUUUACAUCAGGCUAACUAAUGUAAAAUAUGUGAAUAGAUUCAUUCUAUUCCAUUUUCAUUUGCAUUUUAUGAGGUAACACACAAGAAAUAAUUCUCAGCAUGCUGGUUUUCCUUCCUGCCAUAAUUCCAGGUUAUGUAGAGCAAUGGGUGGGGCUGAAAAGGCUGAGAUUGAGUACGGAAACCAUUCUUUAUCAAACAGAGUAGGAGAAGCUGUCGAAGCUAUCAUGAAUUUCGUCAAGAGAGAUGGCCCUAGCGGCUGGGACGACCCUUGGACAUAGUACCUGAUGUUACUUCUUGCACCCCUACCCCUACUCGCAUCACUUAUUUUUUCUCUUGUUUUUUUUCAAUUCUUUUACUGCUGUUUCACUUGUGUAUUUUCUUAUACCUUCAAUUGUUUUUGAAAUCAUCUGUAAAUCUUCACAACCUACAAGCUUGUUUUUACAUGUUUCAAGGGUGCUCCGUCCAUUUCCCCAAAAAAUACGGAGUAAUUGUUUGGGGAAUGUGUUCCCUGCUCAAAUUAUUUUCCUUUGAUAUAAG